UCCAAUAGAUAAACAGAUCCAUCACUGCACUUUGGUCAGACUUUCAAAAAAAGGAGUCUUGUUGGCAGACUUGCGUAAGACAACAUUUCCAGACUGAAGCGUUAUGGCUCAAUUUGACUGCACAGAUGAAAACAGUUGGAGCAGCAGCAUACUCAACACUCUAAAGUCCUACGUUGGAGAUCCAGUGAGUAGUUUGAUAUCACAGAUACGAAACAUGGAGACAAAGGAGCAGCUUUCUUUAGGGUUUUCUCCUCCAGAAACCGACAGUGCGCAGGACACUGGAGACCCAGAGGAGAGCAGUGACUUCCUCCUGAACCAGCUUGAGGAGUGCAGUCCACCCACCGACAUAUCUUCAGCUCUCAGGUCCGUGGCUUUAAUGCGAACAUUGGAUUUGAAAAACGUACACUGUGCACAUGUGUCCGAGUUGUUCUCAGUGCCUCUAGAUGAGGUGGACAGUCCAACUUUGUGUCCAGAGGAGGAUCAGGAUGGAAGUACAGAAGGGGCCGCAGAUCCAGCUGAGGAGGAAAUGAGCAUAACAUUCCAGUCAAAGUACAUUAAUUUUUUCCCACUGUAUCAGGACUACUGUCUGCAGGAGGUGAAAGACAAUCUGCACAGGCUGAGCAAGAGUUAUGUGUCUGAGCUGAUAGCACCUCAGUAUCUGCAGGGUCUGCAGUCCCGUCUUGUCGCUCAGUGCAGCGAUGUGCCUGCUCCCCUUAAGUUAAAGCAUCCUAAAGCGACUGAAUCCUCAUCUCCACCUCAGCCUGUCAGGGUGACUCCGUGUACCCUUUGGCAAGAUCUAGAGGAAGUGAAGGCGUCCGGCCUGCUCAGCAGCCUGACCAACAGGGAGAUUCGCCUUCAGGAGUCAACGUUUGAGUUGAUCGGCUCUGAAGCGUCUUACCUAAGGAGCCUCGGAGUUGCUGUCAAUCAUUUCUGUGCAUCCAAGGCACUGAGGAAGACCCUGAAUCAAAUGGAGCAUCACAUUUUGUUUUCCAACAUUCGUCGCGUGAUGGCAGCCAGUGAAAAGUUUCUGAUGGAUCUGGAAACUCGACUGGGAGAGAGUGUGUUGAUAUCUGAGGUUGGAGACAUCGUGCUGAAACACUGCCCAGAGUUUCGCAGCCUCUACGUGCCAUAUGUGACUAACAUGAUGUACCAAGAGACUCUUGUCAACCAGCUGCUGCAGCAGAACAGAGACUUCCUGUAUUCAAUCAAGAAGCUUGAGAGUGACCCAGUGUGUCAAAGACGGAGCCUCAAGUCGUUCCUUGUCCUCCCCUUCCAGAGGAUUACGCGUAUUAAACUCCUCCUAGAGAGCAUCCUGAAACUGACGGAUCCAGACUCCGACUCCAUUUCAAAUCUCAAAAAAGCAAUAGAAGCCAUUCAUGAGAUCGUGGCCGAGUGUGAUGACAGGGUCCGAAAAAUGAAACAAAUCGAGGAGCUGGUCUGUCUGGAAAUGCUGCUGCAUUUUGGCAAAGUUAAGUCAGUCCCUCUGGUCGUAAGCGGGCGGUUUCUGGUGCACCAGGGUCCCAUGAGACAGCUGACUGUGGAGGCAGGUCACAACUCGAGAGUGUCAUACACCAGCGUCUACCUCCACCUCUUCAAUGACCUUUUGAUCAUCUCCACGAAAAAGGACCGGAGGUUCACAGUUCUGGAUCAUGCUGACUUCCCCACACAUGUGCAUGUUCAGAAUCUGAAGACUGAGGUCCUGGGUCUACCCCCAGACUCCUUCCUGUUGCACAUCUCUCAAAGUCAAACCGGACAGCCCAGCGCCAUGAUACUUGCUGCACGCACAAGGUCAGAUAAAGAGGCGUGGAUGGAGGCGCUGUCUUCUAAAAAGUGAUGGAAACAUGAUUCUGCAAUUUUGAUUUUAUUAUCAAAUUUAGGUUGUUUUACUUGCACAUUACCAAUGUAUACAUUUUGAAAGAAUUUGAUAACUUGUUUGUUCUUAAGAUUUAUCUUAACUUGACUGCACAUAAUAAUCUUGAUAGAGGCACUGUAGAGCACCAUAUAACAUAAAAUGAAGGGUUAAACAUGCACUCACUUUGUCACGAUUUGCAGACACACGGCUUGUAAUGGGUUACUUUUCUUUAUAUUACUGGAAAUAGAUUUUUUCACUUGUAUUAAAAUGUUGUCCUUUUUUUAAGUAAUGCUAUGUUUUUUAUUAAUAAAAAUAAUUCAGACCUUUUCAGAUCUGCCUGAUGACACGGAAAUGCCUCAGCUGAGAAAUGAAGGUAACAAGAGAACUUGACUGAACAGCUGCUGAUCUCACUGUGAAAUACUGACAAAAUAUUUAGCAUAAUACCUCUGAGCAAACAAUGUUGACAGAAAUCGGUGAAAAUCUGUCCCAAAUAUGCCAGUGAUCAUACAAACAAACAAGAGGAGCAGGACUGUCUAAUACAUGAGUGAAAAAAAUUCGGUAUGUGCUAAAAUACAGGCACUCAAAUACAUGUAGAACAUAAAAAAAACAAAACAGUAGCUUCUUCCAUCUCCUCCUGUGGGAUCUGAAUCUCCCCCAAAUCAACAAGUGCGAUCUCUCAAAGGCACCCAGGGGUGACCCUACCUGGACCUCCACUU